UCGCGGUACGGUGGCCACGUGGGGCCCCGGGGCUGUGGGCUGGCCCAGCCGCUCUCCCCGUGGGCGGCUCGGGGUGGCGCAGGCGGCCGGGGCGGGGCGGAGCGCGCAGCCAUCUGCGCUGCGGCGGCGGCGGAAACAAUAGUGCGGAUCGUGGCGCGCGGACAGCGGCCCGCGGAGCCGGACGGUAGAGGACCGUCUCUGAGCCGCUCUGGUGCGCAGGACCCGUGCCAGGACGGACGGACGGACAGACGAGACGGAUCCCACGCCGCGCCGGCCGCCCACGAUCCUCGAGUGGCGCCCCCGGGCCCCUCCGGUCCGUGGCUGCGGGGUCUCCGACGUGAGCCGAUCCUUCCCGGGUGUCCCCGUCCCCACGUGCGUCUUGCCGCGGCGGAGCCCGGGGCACUAUGAACGAAGAGGAGCAGUUUGUAAACAUUGACUUGAAUGAUGACAACAUUUGCAGUGUUUGUAAACUGGGAACAGACAAAGACACACUCUCCUUUUGCCACAUUUGCUUCGAGCUAAAUCUCGAGGGAGUGCCAAAGUCUAAUCUUUUACACACCAAAUCAUUGAGAGGCCAUAAAGACUGCUUUGAAAAAUACCAUUUAAUAGCAAACCAGGAUUGUUCUCGUUCCAAACUUUCCAAAAGUACUUACGAAGGAGUUAAAACCAUCCUUAGUAAGAAGAUAAACUGGAUUGUGCAAUAUGCCCAAAAUAAAAGUCUGGAUUUGGAUCCCGAGUGUUCCAAAACUUCGCAGCAUCACCUGUUUAAUUUCAGGCAUAAGCCAGAGAAGAAAUUACUCCCACAGUUUGACUCUCAGGUACCAAGGUACUCGGCAAAAGGCUUUGCUGGCAGCGCAGGCGGCAUCUCAAGCUAUACGCAAAGAAUCCUGGAGCACAGGAAAGAUACAGACUUCGGGCUUGCUAUAUUGGAAGACGCAGAUGCAUUGUGGACUCACAGUCACAACCAGGCAGAGAAAACAGAAGAGACAAGCUCUGGUCCAGAGGGGCAUAUCCAGACCCAGAAUCCACAUUACAGCCGAGAGGAAUUGGACUCGAUGACCCUUGCUGAAGUGGUACAACUGAAUACAAAGCUCCAACAGCAAAUCCAGGAAGUUUUUGAAGAGCUAACACACCAGGUACAAGAAAAGGACUCUCUGGCAUCAGAACUCCAUGUCCGUCACGUGGCUAUCGAGCAACUCCUCAAGAACUGUUCCAAGUUACCGUGUCUCCAAGUGGGUCGGACAGGAACCAGAUCACACCCACCCAUGAACAACUGACCAGAACGUAGCUGCCCGGCUUUAUCCGCUGUUGCUCGGCUAAGCAUAUAUACCUAGAAAACAUUGGAAGAAAGUUAUGGCCCAUUUUUAUGGUUCUUGUACUUGCAAAACAUAAGAUAAUAUUCAUUAUCUUUAUCUAAUAAAGCAGAUCACUCUAGUCCAGGGUUAAUCACUUGGCUUCAUUUGGGGACUUUUUCUUCUAAUUAUUAAAUGCCCCUUCCUAACUUUUACCAUAUGUGACUACUUAAAUAUACUGUUACAGUGUUUUUAUUGACCAUUUUUAUUGUAACUCAGUCGUCAAAACAAUAGAAGCCUAAUAAGGUCUUAUGUUAGCCUAAACUACUAGAAAUAAUUUUUAAGAGGGAAAUAGAAGUCAUAAUAUCACCUUAUUUAUGAGCAAUAUUUUAAUAUAAAAUUUUAUAUAUAAAAUUGCUAUUUUGGGUAUUUUUCAUUGUCUUUAUAAAUCUGUAUCUGAAUGACCAUGUGUAUUUGCACCUUGUUGUGUGAAUAUGUUCACCUCUGUGGAGAUAACUGCAUUUGGCAAUACAGUGUUUUUAUAACUGUUACCUUUCUUUCCAAAGAUAAAGGUGUUCUGGAUAGUAUUAGGAGAAGCAGUCUGCCCAGCUGGGCUGUUUUAACUACUAACAGCAUAUGAAAGUAGAAUUAAUUAAUCAUUCUUUAAAGCAAAUAUCCAAGUAAAUAAAGCACAUUAUUGCUUUCUAAUGAAAGCAAUGCCGAAUUAGCUUAGGAAGAAAAUACUAUGCUAGUUUUUAUGUGUCAGUCUCCAUAAAAGCAGAAGCCCCACCCUGCUUCUUAAUUCUCAAGAGUUUCUUUGAUGUGUUAGUUUUGGACAAAGUAGGUCAACUAUCUUCAAACUGUACUGGUCCUCCUUUGGGGGGAAAAGUAAAAUUACUAUGUGUGCCAGUUCAUAUGGAGUUCCAAUAAUCUGUUAACUGUCCAAAUUCUGCUAUCCACAUCACUGAAAUUAUUCCAAAAUAAAAAAAUAGAAGAAAGAAAAGAAAAAGCAUUUCAAGAUACUGUUUCUAAGUUUUAAAAAUCUAAAGGGUGUAGAAAAUUACAGGACCAAAAUAAAAAAAAAAAAAUUCAGUUCAAUAAAAAGUCUAAUAUAAGCUACUUUGGUUUUAGAUUCUUAACUAGUAAGUUACUUCAAGAUGUUGGAUAAGUUUUAAUGAUAAAAUAAGCUAUAACUAGUCCAAAAUUAAGAUGAGCUCUUUAGCUGGUACUUAGAAUAUAUUUGUGUGGUAGAUAUAUUUUGCUUGCAGCCUCAUGCCUAAAGAUGGCUUCUGCCUUGAAGCUGGCAGUCUGUAUUUGGGCAAGGGUCAGACUUUAAUAUUGGACAUAAAUAAUAUUUGACUAAGCAAACAGCUGCUUCCAUGUAGAAAAAAAGCACCUUUUCAUGCUCAUGUUCAACUGGCCUGGCUGUGUGUGCAUUAGUUAAUGUCCCAUUGGUUUUGCUUUGUCCUGAAGAAAACUUACCCUUGAAGCUUUUUGGAAGGAGUUUUGAAAACAGAAAAAUAUAUAUACUUUUUAGUUUCUCUCAGUUCUUUGAGUCAUCCAAAUGAAUUUAAAAUCUGGAGAGCGGAAGUGAACGCGUUGCCUUAGUUAUGAUAAGCUUUAAAUUGAACGUGUGCAAUAUGGAAGGUUCUACAUUUACAAGCUGGGUGAAGAUGAUGUGUCUUGAUUAUGCCAGUAAGUGUUUCAGUGCUUGGUUGUUAUGGUUACAUUUUCCAAUUUGACUGUACUCCUGCCUGGCAUAACUCAUUAAGAAUGGCAGCAGCCAGUGUAGUGCACACACUUGGGCUUCUGUCUAGGUGGUGGAAAGGCAGUCGGGGCAGCCAUGGGAGUGUGAGAUAGUCAGCUUUUGGUAUGUGCAAUGCUCAGCAGAUUUCUGUCAUAGGAGACAUACCAUAUGGUGCAGUCCUAAAUACCAGUGUUACCCAAAGAAAACAUUUGCUUAUCUCUUUAAAGGGUUCUCUGGCAAACACUUCGUUUACUAAUGAGUUGGGAAUAAUUGGGAUUUCUCCCAUGUACUCUAAGGUCUUAACUGGGACCUCUGAUUCAUUUCUUUUAGAUAUUUCACUGGAAACACCAAAGGAAUGGUGCUCCUAAGUCCCUGUCUGGUGCUGAUAGGAACACUAGUACUCAUUCACAUGGGUUUUUGCUGGAGUGUACUGCUUUGUAUAAUUUAACUCCCAGUUAUUGGUUUGGGUUUUUUUGGUUUUUGGUUUUUUUUAUUCGUGGUUUCCUUGCUGUCUUGCUUGUUUUGACACAGGUUCUUGCUACAUAGCUUUUGCUAGCCUAGAAUUCUCUUUGUAGACCAGGCUGUCCUGGGAUUUGUAGUAAUUCUCCUGCCUCGGGAGAUCUAAUCCUGUGAUUCAGGUAUAUAACCUACUCCGAGCUUGAUUGAAUAUGCAAUUAAUUGUAUAUGAAAAAAUAAGGAUGAGGACAGAGUUGAGGUCCAAUUUAAGGAAAUAUGAACUUUCACAAGUACACUGGUUUCUCUAUUUGAUUCUUUCUAAAUAGUUAUGUGCUCUGAGAAAGUUCAGAAGUGGGGCUGGAGAGAUGUCUCGGUAGUUAAGAGCACUGACUGUUCUUCCAGAGGUCGUGAGUUCAACUCCCAGCAACCACAUGGUGGUUCACAACCAUCUGUAAAGGGAUCUGAUGCCCUCUUCUAGUGUGUCUGGAAACAGCUACAGUGUACGCAUAUAAAUGAAAUAAAUCAUUUUAAAAAAGAGAGAAAGUUCAGAAGAAACUUCACACAUGAUUUCAUAAAUUUUAAAACAACAGAAGAUGUACUGCUAGUGAGCAUCAUACAUCUCCGAGCUUCUUUCUGUGAGGAACGAAGUGAAAUUUUGUCAUACAAGAUUUCAUAGUUAAACAAGACGCGUAUUUUUAAAAUCAGAAGUCAGAUGUGAUUUUAACUUGAUAUUUUUCUUUUAAGAUUAGUGUUUUUAUGUGCCUAGCACAUAUCAGCCCUGGGUUAUUAAUUCCUGUCACCAUAGUAAAUAUACAAAGGUUUUGCUCCUGGUUUUGGUUCUAUUAGGUUGCCCAGGCUGGCCCCCAGCUGAGUGGCUAUUUUAGUGCUUCAGCCUUCUGAAUAGAGGGCUGGGGGGAUGGGGGGAGCUGGGGAGGAGGAUUGACCAACACUGCCAUGCCUGGCUUAAUUUUCCUAUUGUCCAUUCUUGAUUCUUGUAGCAUUUCUCCAGAGUAUUGCCAGAGUCUCAUAUUAAUUUCUAGGUUAGUUCUUGGCAGGGGCAUUCACUUGACACACCGUGCUGAUGAUCUAAACAGCUUCACUGUGUGAUUCUUACAUGUAGUAUUGGAGUAAAGGGAAGCCCUUGAAUUUCCAAGUGCCAUGUUUGUUUCUCCCACUUUUUUAAACAUUUAAUGGUUAUUUUUCAAAAUGUGUGCAUGCUGGCGAGUGCUGUCAGGAACUCGGUUGAAGCAUAUCCCAUUGCCAGCUUCCCAGGUAGCUUGUGAUUUCUUGGUCUCCUGCUGUUUCCUAUGUACGAUUGAAAAAUGGCUUACCUUUUAUAUACAACCUACCUUGGUGUUUGUUCUGUGGAGGCCUGUCAGGUUUUUGGUAGUUUUCGAAGUCAUCCUUUUGGUCCGUAUGUAUUAUCCCAUGGACAUGAACUAUUAUUUAAUGGUGGAGUAUAGCUCACCUUUCAUUGUGUUUUGUUUUGACUGUCUGGAGGAGUUGUUUGUUUUACUCUUUGCAAGUUCAUUAACUAACAAAUGCUACUAUUCACGCUACAGCAAGAUGUGUGGCUCUUUUAAAACUUCAUAUGUAUACAAAUUUUAAUAUGCCCUCUAAUAAGCUAGUCUUAAAGCAGAGACUUGAUUUGAUUUGGGUCUGAUUCCAGUUUUACCUUGAACAGAAUUUUUUUUUUUUCUGAGAAAAUUUGGUUAAAAAAAAAAUCACUAAAGGACAGAGCCCUAAAUAAAAUACCCUUACCGAGUUAAGCUUUGUGGUGCCAAAGAGUUUAUCUGCUCAAGUAACCAGACUCUGGGGGAGGGGGAGGUCAUGCUGGGCUGGGAAGAGCCUGACCUUUGCCUUCCGUUUCCCUAAUUUCAGUCGAUGCCCCUGCUGAUACCAGCCGUCGCCUGAGCAACCCCAGGCCUCGCCCACCUUGAUGGGAAGCGAUCACGUGGGUGGAGACCGUUAAGAUUUUUAGUUUGAAGCAAGCUCCGUUAAAAUUAUUCAGUAGUUUUCCCCCAAUUUCAAGUUUACCACGUGAAGCAAAAAUGGCCUGGAGAGCGACUUGUUUAAAGCUGCACUAGCUGCACUAGCUGCCCGAGCUGCCAAGUGGAGGGGGUUUGUUUAGCUUUGAGGCUUGGUUUGGUUUGGUUUUCUUUUUCUUUUCCCUGCCCUACUGCCUCCAGAAAGAGGUAGCUUUAAAAAAGUGUUUAGUAGUGGGGUGUGUGUGUGUGUGUGUGUGUGUGUGUGUGUGUGUGUGUGUGUGUGUGUGUGUGUGUGUGUGUGUGUGUGUGUGUGUGUGUGUGUGUGUGUGUGAGAGAGAGAGAGAGAGAGAGACAGAGAGACAGAGAGACAGAGAGACAGAGAAACAGGGAAAUGUUGCUGUAAACCUGACUGCAGCAGUCCUUGAACUUUUAAUCUGUGCUUUGGAAACUUAUUUUCAACAAUUUUGCUGCCAUUUAGAAAGUAAAAAUGAAACUGCCAUGGUCCAAGCUAAGUUUGUCUCCAAAAAACAUUUAUUUGGUCAUCGUCCGGGUUAUAUGCAAUUUAUAUAUUUGUAUUCUGCUUUGAAACUGUAACUAGAUAAGUCUGUCUACUAUUUUUAACUUUACAAGAAUAAAGCAAAUAUUUUGGUA